CACCUGCCACCAUUAUCAUGAAGCUUGCUGGUGCUGUGGUGAUCCUCGGGGCUGCCCUGCUCCUCCUGACUUCAGGAGGAGAUUGUGGCAUUUGCCCAGCUAUAAAAGAGGAUGUUCGUCUAUUUUUAAAUGGAACCUCAGAGGAGUAUGUUGAGUACGUGAAACAAUACAAAGAUGACCCUGUAAUACUGGAAAAUACUGCAAAAAUCAAGCAAUGUGUCGAUAGCACCUUGACAGAGGAAGACAAGAUACAUGCAACUACUUUCAUAGAAAAGAUAGAAGCCAGCCCGCUAUGUUGAUGGCUACAACUUUGGUCUCAAGGAAGCCACUUGCCUGCCUACCUGCAUAGAUGCAGCAGAUUAUAGUCCUUCACUCCAGGUGUCUAAGAACAGGAAUCCAACAAUAAAACCUUGCAAUUCAA